AUGCUUUCAAUUCGACGAAUCGCAAGUCAAAAGCCGAUUUUCCAAACUUUGGUUUUUCGCCAGUUUGCCACCGCCCCACCCAGAUCGCCCCUCGUCAUCUCGGAGGAGAUCCAGCAGGCCAUCAAUGACAAGAAGCCCGUGAUCGCACUGGAAUCCACCAUCAUCACCCAUGGGCUGCCAUAUCCUCAGAAUCUGCAGAUGCAUAGCGAUACGGAGCAGAUCAUUCGUAAGGAAGGCGGAAUCCCCGCCCUCACGGCUUUCGUCAACGGUGUGCCUCGAGUGGGAGUUCCUGAGGAGGAGGUCAAGGUGCUGGCCGAAAACACAGACGGAAACCACAUCAAGGUGUCGAGACGCGAUAUUGGCUACGUCAUGGCAAAUGGACUCAUGGGAGGCACCACCGUGGCUGCCACCAUGAUUCUGGCUCACAUGGCAGGUAUCAAGGUGUUUGCUACCGGAGGCAUUGGAGGAGUGCAUCGAGGUGCGGAGUCGACAUUUGAUAUCUCUGCCGAUCUCGACGAGCUGUCCAAUACCCCCGUGGCUGUGGUCUGCGCUGGCCCAAAGUCCAUUCUCGACAUUCCUCUGACCGUUGAGUACCUGGAGACCAAGGGCGUGCAUGUGAGCACCUAUGGAGCCGACGGGACAAACAUUCCUGGAUUCUUCACCACCGAUUCGGGCGUCAGCAGCCCCUACAACUUCUUCGACACCCUGGAGGCCGCUAAGAUCAUCCAAGCUAACUCCUCGAUGAACCUCCAGUCCGGAACGGUCUGGUGUGUGCCUCCUCCCGACCCCAUCCCUUCCAACCUCAUCCAUGACGUGAUUGACCAGGCCCUGGUGGAAGCCAACGAGCUGGGCAUUAAGGGUAAGGCUACGACCCCCUUCCUUCUGGACGCCAUUCGACGGGAAUACCCCGAGGUGCUCAAAACUAACAUUGGACUGGUCCAGCAGAACGCCGUUAUCGCGACCCGUAUCGCCAGCGAUCUGGCAACCCUAGAGGUAGGUGGCAAGUUUGAAUACUGA